CCUGCGGUGGGCGGGGCUUAGGCGGGCUGACAGAAACAACUGUCGACCUUUGAGCCUCGCACAGACUGCAGAAACCGAACGGAACCGAACCGCAGCAUGGCCACGGACUUCACCCAGGACGCGGUUCUGGUCUUCCUGCAGAGCUGCGGCGGACAGGUGCGCAACUCGGACCUGCUGGUCCACUUCAGGCCUUUCCUGCGGGGACAUCCGGACCAGGUCCGGAACCGAGAGCUCUUCAAGAAGUUCGUCAACUCCGUGGCGACCGUGACGAAGAUCGACGGAGUGUCCAGCGUGGUCCUCCGGAAGAAGUUCAAGGGACAUGUCCCCGGUGCCGGAGCGGGCCCAGACUCCCCGGAGCCCCGCGGAACCAGCCCGGCGCCCAGCCUCGCCGCUCCGGGGGACAGCGAGAGGAAAGCCGCCCUGCCUGCGGCGGGGAUCGUGGCGGCGGAGAGCGGUGCUUACCUGAGACAGGUGGAACACCUGAGACAGGUGGAACACCUGAGUCCCGAACCUGCAGGUGGACCCAGCCAGGUAGGGAACCAGGACCCGGAAAUCUCUGAGACUCCCGUCUCUGAUCCGGGCAAACCGGGACAGAACCGGCUGGGUUCGGUCCCUGGUCCCGGUGUUCCAGCUGUGAGACACCAGGACUACGUCCCAGAGUCCAUCAGAGGACAACAGAACCCCAUCCCUGAGUCCAUCAGAGGACAACAGAACCUCAUCCCAGAGUCCAUCAGAGGACAGCAGAACCUCCAUCAGAACCUCAUCCCUGAGUCCAUCAGAGGACAACAGAACCUCCAUCAGAACCCCAUCCCUGAGUCCAUCAGAGGACAGCAGAACCUCAUCCCUGAGUCCAUCAGAGUACAACAGAACCUCAUCCCUGAGCCCAUCAGAGGACAACAGAACCUCCAUCAGAACCUCAUCCCUGAGCCCAUCAGAGUACAACAGAACCUCAUCCCUGAGUCCAUCAGAGGACAACAGAACCUCCAUCAGAACCCCAUCCCAGAGUCCAUCAGAGGACAACAGAACCUCAUCCCUGAGCCCAUCAGAGGACAACAGAACCUCCAUCAGAACCCCAUCCCUGAGUCCAUCAGAGGACAACAGAACCCUCGGGACGUCCUCUCAGAACCCACCACAGGACAUAUUGUCAGCCGCCAGGACUUUGUUCCAGACCCGGCUGAAAGAUGGGACACCAGACAUCACGGAACCGUCUCAGAACCCAGUAGAGGACACAUCGUUAGCCGCCAGGACUUUGUCCCGGAGUCCGCCGAAAAAUGGGACGCUUCCCAUCACGGAACCGUCCCAGAACCCACCACAGGACAUAUUGUCAGCCGCCAGGACUUUGUCCCAGACCCGGCCGAAAGAUUGGACACCAGAAAUCACGGAACCGUCUCAGAACCCAGCAAAAGACACAUCGUCAGCCGCCAGGACUUUGUCCCGGAACCAAUCAGAGAACAGAACGUCCCUCGUCACAGUCCAGUCCCCGAGUCCCUCAGAGGACAGAAGACAUCUCAUCAGGACCGCUUCAGGGGACACAUCAGCCGCCAGGACCGUUACCCGGGACCCGUCAGAGGACAGCAGGUUCUUCUUCCAGGUCCGUUUCCAGCACCCAACAGGAGUCCCAGCCCCGUCCCCAGACCCGGUAGAGGACAGAACAUUUCUUACCAGGACCACAGCAGAGGUCCACUCAUCUAUCCCCACAAGCAGUUCCCCCAGAACCAGGAACCGUUCAGGGGACAGCAGUUCCCCCAGAACCCGGAACCAUUCAGGGGACAGCAGUUCCCCCAGAACCAGGAACUCUUAAGAGGACAGCAGUUCCCCCAGAACCAGGAACCCUUCAGAGGACAGCAGUUCCCCCAGAACCAGGAACUCUUAAGAGGACAGCAGUUCCCCCAGAACCAGGAACCCUUCAGAGGACAGCAGUUCCCCCAGAACCAGGAACCCUUCAGAGGACAGCAGUUCCCCCAGAACCAGGAACUCUUAAGAGGACAGCAGUUCCCCCAGAACCAGGAACUCUUAAGAGGACAGCAGUUCCCCCAGAACCAGGAACCCUUCAGAGGACAGCAGUUCCCACUAAAUCCAGAACCUCAGCUGAUUCCUCAUCAGGUCCCUGUCCCUGAAUCCGUCAGAGGAAAGAAGAUCUCUUACCAGAACCCCGUUCCAGAAUUACUUAGAGGACAGCAGAUCCCUCAGAACCUAGAACCUCUUAGAGGAAAGCAGAACCUAGAACCUCUUAGAGAACAGCAGAUCCCUCAGAACCUAGAACUUCUCAGAGGAAAGCAGAACCUAGAACCUCUUAGAGAACAGCAGAUCCCUCAGAACCUAGAACCUGUUAGAGGAAAGCAGAACCUAGAACCUGUUAGAGAACAGCAGACCCCUCAGAACCUAGAACCUCUCAGAGGAAAGCAGAACCUAGAACCUGUUAGAGAACAGCAGAUCCCUCAGAACCUAGAACCUCUCAGAGGAAAGCAGAACCUAGAACCUGUUAGAGAACAGCAGAUCCCUCAGAACCUAGAACCUCUCAGAGGAAAGCAGAACCUAGAACCUGUUAGAGAACAGCAGAUCCCUCAGAACCUAGAACCUGUUAGAGGAAAGCAGAUCCCUCAGAACCUAGAACCUCUUAGAGGAAAGCAGAUCCCUCAGAACCUAGAACCUGUUAGAGAACAGCAGAUCCCUCAGAACCUAGAACCUCUCAGAGGAAAGCAGAUCCCUCAGAACCUAGAACCUGUUAGAGAACAGCAGAUCCCUCAGAACCUAGAACCUCUCAGAGGAAAGCAGAACCUAGAACCUCUCAGAGGACAGAAAAUCUCUUUUCAGGAUCCCGUCCCUGAUCCAGAACCUCAAACAGGACAGGAACCUCCUCAGCUCCAUCAGGUUCCGGCCCGCCGGUUCUGCCACAGACAGAGCUACAAAUCGGCCGUCUCCGUGGAUGAAGACGAGGAAGAGGAGGAGGAGGAGGAGGAGGAGGUGCAGAGGAGGCGGGGCUCAGCGGGGGGGCCGUGGGCCCUCAACGCUCCUCUCAGCGACACGGCCAGGGUUCUGUCUGCCUCCUCGCCCUGCGUCACCGAGUCCUCAGUGAUGAAGGUUCCUCAGAUUUACAUCCAGGACUCGGAGGUUCUGGCCUCCCAGUUCGGGCCGGGACCAGAACCCGGACCAGAACCUGGACCAGAACCCGGACCAGAACCUGGACCGGUACCUGGCGGUGCCGACGAGACGCAGUCUGCCUCCAGAGGCCGAGCGCCACGUUCAGGCGCCGCCGUCCAAACGCUCCUUGACGAAGGUCCCGCUCAGGCCUCAGAACCGGGACCGGAUCAGAACCAGAACCUGUCAUCCAGUCCGUCUGAUGGGAGGUCCUCCAGAACCUCGGGGUGGGCCGGCAGCUCCAGACCAGGCGAAGUUCUGCAGGAGUCCAGGAGAACGGAGCAGGAACCCGUGGCUCUGCGGUCCAAAGCGAAGGUACCGCUGCAUCAGUCCAUGGGGAACCUCUGUGACGACCAGCCGCCUCCGGGCCAGCUGCUGAAGAUGUACCGCUCCAGCGACCAUCUUCAUGACGACCGGCAGAUCCGAUCCGGCGCAGCGGCCAUGUACCGGUCCACAGGUGAUCUGUAUGACGACGUGGAGUCCAGCGACGGCUCCCUGGACUCCCCCCGCCUGCAGCACCGCUCAGCGGCCCGCCGGAUGAGCAGCCGCCUGAGGAACCGGGUUUACCGCAGCCUGGAGACCAACCUGGACCAGGACGAGCUCGGCGGGGACAACGAGGCCGCCCGGCGCCGACGGCUGCACCGCAUCUCGUCCUCGCUGAGCCUCCCCCACCACCUGUCGUCCUCGUCCCUGUCGUCCUGCGAGGCGCUGGACGACAGGGACGAGGGGAGACCGGCCGAGACGGAGGAGAGGAAGGACGCGAGGAGGAACGUCCACAAGGCCGGACAGUCGUCGGUUCCUCUGGAGGCCCGGGAGCACGCCUGGAUGGUGAAGGGCGCGGCGGGCGCCUGGCCCGACAUCUACGCGCUCUUCAGGGAGGACAGCUCGCUGCUCAACAGGCAGGACUUCAUCUCCGGCUUCACGGUGCUGCACUGGAUCGCCAAACACGGCGACCACCGGGUCCUCAACACGCUGUGGUACGGCGUGGAAAAGUGCGGCCUGAGCUUCGACGUGAACGCCAAGUCGACGGCGGGCCAGACGCCGCUGCACGUCGCCGCCAUUCACGGCAACAAGAAGGUCAUCUGGCUGCUGGUGAAGAACUUCGGCGCCGACGUGAAGCUGAGGGACACGGCGGGGAGGAAGGCCUGGCAGUACCUGAGCGACGCCAAGCCCGACAUCCUGCAGCUGCUGGGAGCGCCGCCCAAAGCCACGCUCGCCAAGGAGAACGCCGCGCCCGACUGGAAGCCCCAGAAGGAGCGGCGCCGCCUGCGCCACCAUUUCUCCUCGGCCUCCCCCUCCCAGAGGCCGCGCACCGUGGCCCAGAUGGUGAAGGUCAGCAGGUCUUCGUCCAUCGCUGCCUUGCUCAAACACAAAUCUCAUCGCUUUUAGGAGAACCCUCAACCUGCUGGGUUCUGGACCGGUUUUAACCCGCUCUGCCGGACCAGGAGCCUUUUCAGUUUUUAUUUUUUAACACAUUUGAGCAUCAGGGCUCUAAGGAAAGCCUCUGUUGAUGAACUGUUCUGUUGGAAUACUUUUUUAAAUUGUGCUUUUUAUCAAAGGAAACCUGAUAAUAAACGGUUAAAUUUCCGUCAGCGUCAGCAGCUAGACGAACUUUAAUGGUUAAACGUUUGAAUUAAUGUCAGGAACGGAUGUUGUUGUCUUUAAAUUAUGUACAAAGCGCUGUUCACACAUUAAAGUUACUGAUUUCUUUUAUUAAUGGAA